GGGGAGCCGCAGCUAGGAGUUUUUACUGUGUGCUUGAUGCGCAAGUACGGUUUGACGGUUCCCCACACGAAGACACGAAGACAAGCAGCCAAGUACCCAGUAUCAAGAGAGAGGAGCAGAGACGAGACUAGAGAGCCAGAGGUUGUUGUAUCAUCCGAAACAAGCUCGCACUCUCUACCUCUUCUGUCUGGGCUACGUGAAGAAGCUUCUAGACAGGAGGAGGGGCUUCGGUUUGCCAUGAACAGGCUGGUGAGGUUCGGGGCGGAGGCAUUGAAGCCGCAAAGGGUCGCCGGGGCACACAAGUGGCAGACGCCGCGGGUGUCGAGACGAAAGGCGAACGUGCUCCGCAAGAAGGCCAUCAGGGACGGGUCAUUCGGCUCGAUAGUCAUCGAUGAAGACACUGGGAAAGCGAUUGGCGGGUGGGAUCCGGCGUGGGAUAUCUUCGAAGCGCCCGCUCCUCGACCGUUGAGGCCACCAAAGCUACACAAGAACCAGCGGGACAGAGCGCAGCGCGCCGAUAAGAUCACGGCCAAGCUUGGAGAGCAGGAGGCCCGGCUCAAGGAUCUCAACCGAGUAAAGGCGGUCCCGAAGCCCAAGCCAGAAGACGGGGCACUUGCCCUUCUCAGAUGGCUCAAGAAUAGCGGGGCUGCAAAGAAAAGAUAACAACAGCAGUUGCACGCACAGGCAGUGCCUAGUAAAAAAAAAGGUCACGAAUAUCCUGGGGAGGCGGGGCGGUGGUUGGUCAUUGGGCGUUCUGUCCUUUUCGCGGUCCCACUGAGAGAAGUCAUGGGAGAAGGGGAAGAACUGAGACACUUUUCGGCGGGUCAAAAGAAGUUUCCGUUGAACCGUCAAGGAGCAAUCUAAUUUGAUGGUUGUAGUAAUAUGUGGGUCGAGGAUAGUCGUGACGCAUUGCACGCUACUGACGGGUUGCAGUUCAACAAUUUGAGCUAUUCAUGUGUUAAGAAAAAGCAUUCAUUGUGUAUGAGACCAGGAGAAGUGAACGCCACCGGGAGAUUCAGUGUUUUGGUUUGAGAGCAGCACCUAUCCGCUAGAUGAGGGCGCCACAAAUCGGUUGUACCGGGCACAAACGCGAUCGAUCGGUCUAACCCACCUUCUGCGGUAACGACGCUUUUCGUCCAACGCCUACACCGUUGGAAGCGACGCGCU